UCGGACGGUACAUGCACUAAUAUUUCACUUGGCAUUACUCAAAACAAAAAGAAGAAAUAAGAACAAGGAAGAAAAGAUUGUGCCGAUUUUAAAAUGAUGCAAAAACUGCAAAUGUAUGUUUAUAUUUACCUGUUUAUGCUGAUUGCUGCUGGCCCAGUGGAUCUAAAUGAGGGCAGUGAGAGAGAAGAAAAUGUGGAAAAAGAGGGGCUGUGUAAUGCAUGUGUGUGGAGACAAAACACGAGGUACUCCAGAAUAGAAGCCAUAAAAAUCCAAAUCCUCAGUAAACUCCGCCUGGAAACAGCUCCUAACAUCAGCAAAGAUGCUAUAAGACAACUUCUGCCCAGAGCGCCUCCGCUCCGGGAACUGAUCGAUCAGUACGACGUCCAGAGGGAUGACAGCAGUGAUGGCUCUUUGGAAGAUGACGAUUAUCACGCUACCACGGAAACAAUCAUUACCAUGCCUACAGAGUCUGACUUUCUAACGCAAGUGGAUGGAAAGCCCAAAUGUUGCUUUUUUAAAUUUAGCUCUAAAAUACAGUACAACAAAGUAGUAAAAGCCCAACUGUGGAUAUAUCUAAGACCCGUCAAGACUCCUACAACAGUGUUUGUACAAAUCCUGAGACUCAUCAAACCCAUGAAAGACGGUACAAGGUAUACUGGAAUCCGAUCUCUGAAACUUGACAUGAGCCCAGGCACUGGUAUUUGGCAGAGUAUUGAUGUGAAGACAGUAUUGCAAAAUUGGCUCAAACAGCCUGAAUCCAACUUAGGCAUUGAAAUCAAAGCUUUGGAUGAGAAUGGGCAUGAUCUUGCUGUAACCUUCCCAGGACCAGGAGAAGAUGGGCUGAAUCCCUUUUUAGAAGUCAAAGUAACAGACACACCCAAGAGGUCCCGGAGAGACUUUGGGCUUGACUGCGAUGAGCACUCCACGGAAUCACGGUGCUGCCGCUACCCUCUCACCGUCGAUUUCGAAGCCUUUGGAUGGGACUGGAUUAUCGCACCCAAAAGAUAUAAGGCCAAUUACUGCUCUGGAGAGUGUGAAUUUGUGUUUUUACAAAAAUAUCCACAUACUCAUCUUGUGCACCAAGCAAACCCCAGAGGCUCAGCAGGCCCUUGCUGCACUCCAACAAAAAUGUCUCCCAUUAAUAUGCUAUAUUUUAACGGCAAAGAACAAAUAAUAUAUGGGAAAAUUCCAGCCAUGGUAGUAGACCGGUGUGGAUGCUCAUGAGCUUUGCAUUAGGUUCAAAACUUCCCAAAACAUUGAAGGUCUUCCCCUCAAUUUCGAAACUGUGAAUUUAAGUACCACGGCUGUAGGCCUCGAGUAUGCUAUAGUAACUUAAGCACAAGCUACAGUGUAUGAACUAAAAGAAAGAAUAGAUGCAAUGGUUGGCAUUUAACCAUCAAAAUAAACCAAAUUAUAGGGUGUUUUAUGAUUCCCAGAGUUUUUGAACUAGGGGGAGAUCAAAUUACAUUUAUGUCCAUAUAUGUAUAUCACAACUACAAUAUAGGCAAGGAAAAGAGAGCACGAUUCCUUGUGGUCUGCUGAGUUAAAGGGGUAUGAUUAAAAGGUAAAAUCUUAUUUCCUAACAGUUUCACUUAAUAUUUGCAGAAAAAUUUAUAUGUAGCCUUUGUGAAGUGUAGAAUUGUUAUCAUUUGAAAACAUCACAUACACUUAUAUUUGUAUUGUAUACUUGCAAGGUAAGAUAAAAUUCCACAAAGUAGGAAUGGGCCUCAUAUGCACGUUUCCAUCCCUAUUGUAAUUGGACAAUCCACACAACGGUGCUAAUGCAGUGCUGAAUGGCUCCUACUGGGCCUCUUCCAAUAGAACACUAUAGAAAGUAAGAUUCCCUCCCUUCCAGGCGCAUCUUCACACAGCACUACAUGUGCAAAUGCAUUUUCUUUAAGGAAAGAAGAAUCUUUUUUUCCGGAGGUCAACUUUCAGUCAGUUUUCUAGCACAGCAGGAGUGACUGCUUUAUCUUAAAAGGCAGCCAAAGAGCAUUCAUUUUGAUCUAAAUUUCAAAAUCACUGUCUGCCUUUAUCACACGGUUUUUGGUAAAAUAAUGGAAAUGACUGGUUCUAUCAAUAUUGUAUAAAAGACUCUGAAACAAUUACAUUUAUAUAAUAUGUAUACAAUAUUGUUUUGUAAAUAAGUG